AUGACCGAGGACUGCAAGAAGCUGCUCGAACUCCUUGGACUGCCUGUUGUCCAAGCACCUUCGGAGGCUGAAGCUCAGUGCGCUCAGCUGUGCAAGGAGGGGCUCGUCUAUGCUGCGGCCACCGAGGACAUGGACGCCCUCACCUUUGGGUGCCCCCGCUUGGUUCGAAACCUCACUUCGGCUAACAAUGAAAAGGUCAAAGAGCUGCUGGUUGAAAAGAUCCUCAACGGCCUUGGCCUUACUCAAGAGCAGUUCAUUGAUUUGAGUAUCCUGAUGGGCUGUGACUAUUGCUCCAACAUCAGAGGAAUUGGCGGCAAAAAGGGCCUUGAUUUAAUUCGCAAAUUUGACAACAUUGAGACCAUUUUGAAGGAAAAGUUUGGCAUCACUGAAUUCGUCGAAGUGGAGAUCGAGUACGAUGUUCGAGGGAAAAAGGAGGAAGUUAAAGAGGAAGAAUCGGCUGAGGGCGAAGUUAAGGAAGAUCAGGAAAAUGGUGAUCAAUCUAAGGAGAACAGUGAAGUCGAUUCUGAGAUUAAGCAAGAGGAGAACAAAGAGGAGAACGGGAUCAAAGGCGAAAGUGACGUUGAAAAAGAAGAGGAUGAAGAAUAUAAGGCGGAGGACAAUGAGGAAGAAGAGGAAGAGGAGGAGGAGGAGGAGAGCUCUUCAAAGAAGGCAAAGAAGCUAAAGAAGAAGGCCAUCUCCGUGCCUGAGAAUUGGCCAUUCAAAGGAGCCCGACAGCUGUUCAAAGAGCCGCUGGUGCACCGAAACCAGUACACUGAUGCCGAUCUGAAGAUGAAGGACAUUGAUGAGGAUGGCUUAGUGCAGUUCCUCUGCGGUGAGAAUGGCUUCAGCGAGGACCGUGUGCGCGCAGCCAUCAAACGAGCCAAGCUCUCAAAGGCUAAGAGCUCCCAAACUCGAAUUGACGCCUUCUUCAAGGUGAAGCCCUCAACUGCGCCGCCAGCAAGUGCCGCUAACAACAACAAAACCGCCGCUCAAAAGCGAAAUGGCACUUCGGGAAAGGGCAAAGGUGCCCCCUCAAAGCGUGGUCGUCGAUAG